AGAUGAAUGAAGGUCUUACGGGUGUGGAACGACAUGAGGGUGAGUAAUUAAUGACAUUUUCAUUUUUGGGUGAACUAACCCUUUAAUGUGUAAUUAAACAUGUUGCAUUCAUACUCUGGGUUCAUUUGCUUUUCUGUACAUAUUAUGUUUUAUUAGUAUGGUGUUUACUAAGUUUGGUUUGUUAAUAACAUUGUCAAGUUAAGCCACGUUAAGCUUUUUCAUGUUAAGCGUUGUCCCCACAGAGGUUUCCUUUAGUUCUUUUUAUUGUUUUCUAACAAGUACUCAUAUUGUGCUGUUUUUAAGUAAACGUGUUUUGUUUAUGUCGUGCUGACAUGUUGCAGCAAAUUAGCAUCGUUCAGAAGCAAAAGUUUUCAUUUAUCAAUUUGUUUAAUUCCGCAAGCUAGCGUAACUAUUGAAUAAUCAGCGCGACAGAUUAUUCGCACAUUCGUUUCGUGAAAUAUAACCAUUUCUUUCAACCGAUUCUUAUUAAUGAUUCGGUUGAACCUGUAGUACAAGUAUGAGGUGUUAUAUUUCAGCAACAUUGGCAAAAAAAAUAAUAUGGUUAAUCGAUAUUAUUAUCGCUAAGGACACAAAUGUUAAUGGUCUUUUUUUGUGUUAAGCACCUCAGUCAAAAACUAGUGUAAAAUCAUUUAGUUACAAAAAUGAAACGUAAAAUGCCAGUCUUCGCUUUUAUAAAGAAUCUGUGGCAAUGACAAUUAUAUGUUAUAUUUUCAUAAGAGUUCCAAAUCACUAUCCAUAUGCUGCACACUUCAUCCAGUAGGUGGUAGAAGUGCACCAUUGCUGUUUUUCAACAGCCAUUAAAUGAAGAAGAACACGAUUUUGGAGGAGCAGUAAAGAUAAGUGUGUAAUUUUUGAUUUGUUGAAUAAAUGGUGCGAGAUUAAACAAAAAUGCUGUAAGCGCAAUGUUUAUUUUUUGUCAUACAGGAACUAUAGAAUUAAUUAUAGUUGCGUCUUCUAAUCAUGUUUAUUUAAUAGUCUUAUGAUAAUUCAUAUUAAAGCAACAAAAAUAAGAACCAGCGGUAAACAACUGAGGUAAAUGACAUUGAAAUUAAGAUGAGAAUUUGAAUUACUUGGUAGGAGUGAGUGAUAUGAGCAAACAUCGCGAUAUUCUUAAACAUGUUUGGAAAGAUAUAGGCUUAUAAAUAUAACGAUAUGGAUUUAAUGACGCGAGAAUCUACCACAAAUGCAAUUGAUGUUUUAAGGUAAUUCACGCAGUGUUUAUCGCUAUCGCUCCGUUUGACAGCGACAUGAAAGCGGGUAAAUGUCCCGUAUUCUCGCCGUGAUUAGAACGCUAUUUGAAAAGUUACGAGAAUGUUAGAAUAUAACACAAAAUAACAUUCUUUGAACGUUUAUUUUUGUAUUCCAUUCAGAAAAUAUCAAUAACAUCAUAAUAAAAUUAUGUUCUCAGAACGUUCAUCAAGUGAAAACAUCAUACUUUCUAAGAACAUUUCGCUCAACAUUCCAUGAACGCAUAUCAAAUAUUAAUAAUGUUGCAAAAACGUUCUAUAAGAACUUUUUAUUUUAACAUUUGCAAAACAUACGUGAAAGUUGUGGGAACGUUCCCUGAUAGUAAAAGAUCUUGAGUACAAAAAGUUUAUUUCAAUAUGUUUCCGAAACCACUCUGACUGAAUCAAAUAAAAUAAAAUAAACAAAAGUAAGUUUUUCCUAAACGAUUUAAGAACAGACUCAUUUUAGAGUUCUUAUUCAUUCUUAAUUCCUUGACUUUUACAGUUCCUUCAUCUAUAUGUUAACUAUGGUACAGAUCAAUAUAAGAACAACAAAGAUGGAUAUACAUUUAAGAAUUUAUGUUAGACAGAUAGAUAAUGUGUGAAUAUGAUUUCAGUAGGUGAUUUAUUUUUGAUUUUGGCAGAUCUGCUCCUCCAAACCAUCAGGAAGAGCUGAAAUCUGCAAAGACAGAGUUUAUUGAAGGACAGUGAGAAGAUGAGAGAUCCAGAACACUGCAGAAUGAAACACACUGAAGAACAAAGAGACCUGAUGGAAGUGAAAGAAGAAGAAAAACAUCAUUUCAUAGCUGGAGAAAAAUCACUUACUUGCUCACUGACUCUUCAUAAUGUUUCACAAAAAAGCCAAAAAUGUUUUUAUCUGCCCUCAAUGCGGAAAAAGUUUCACUCAAAAAAUAGGUCUUCAGAGGCACAUGAGGAUUCACACCGGAGAGAGACCAUUCACUUGCCCUCAAUGCGGGAAGAGUUUUGCAUGUAAAAGAAACCUUAUGGAUCACAUAAGAACUCACACUGGAGAAAAGCCUUUCACGUGCGAUCAAUGUGGGAAGAGUUUCGCAUACAAAACAGGUCUGAACCGGCACACAAGGAUUCAUACUGGAGAGAAACCAUUCAUGUGCCCUCAAUGUGGACGAGGUUUUGCACUGUCGGGAGCCAUUAGGAGGCACAUAAAAAUCCACAGUGGAGAGAAACCAUUCACAUGUGGUCACUGCGGAAAGAGUUUCACGUAUAAAGAAAACCUCACGGAGCACAUGCGGAUCCACACUGGAGAGAGACCCUACGCUUGUACUGAGUGUGGAAAGAGGUUCACGCAUGUCAGCAGUCUGAAAGAGCAUCUUCACACACACUCUGCAGAGCGGCUGUUUAACUGCGAACAGUGCAGUAAAGCGUUUCUGUCGUCAUCGAUGCUGAAGAGACACCUGCAGGUGCACGUGCAGGAGAAGCCGUACUUGUGUUCUCUGUGCGGGAAGAGUUUUGCACGGCUAGACGGUUUUAAGGAGCACCAAAAAAUUCAUAGCGGAGCGAGAACUCAUGUGUGCUUUGAGUGCGGAAAUGGAUUUAUAUCGACCUCGCAUUUGAAAACACAUCAGAGGAUUCACACUGGAGAGAAACCUUACAUGUGUUCACACUGCGACAAGAGAUUCAGUCGGUCAGGAUCCCUGAAGGCACACGAGAGGAUCCACACUGGAGAGAAACCGUACCACUGCACUGAAUGUGGAAAGAGUUUCAAUCAAUCAAAUCAACUGCUGAGUCACAGGAAAAAGCAUCACCCGAUGUCGCCGCAGUAAUCGUGUCACAGUGAAACUUGAGGGGGUUUUUCUUGAAGGGAAGUGAUAUUAAAAUGAUUUCUCAAACAUCAAAUCAUCAUAUUAGGAUGAUUUCUGAAGGAUCAUGUGACACUGAAGACUGGAGUAAUGAUGCUGAAAAAUUUGUUCACAGAAAUAAAUUUGUCUGUUAUAACUUUUUUCAAUAUUACUGUUUUUGAUUGUAUCUUCUUUCACUGCAGUAUGUUUUUCCGCUCCAGUCAACUAGGUGGUGACAAUGCACUAUUAGUUACCACAAAAGCAAAAGAAGAUAGAAGCAAAAAACGCAACUUCUGUCUGGGGUCAGAUUUAGAUUUAAUUGGUUUAGUUAAAAAAAAAAAAUGAAACCAGCAAAUAAUAGGACACGUAAACCAAAUUUUUAGGUUUAGAAGCAGUAAUGUGAAGCUUUUGACUUGACAAUUUGUGUAUUAUUUGAGCAGUAAAACUGUUUAAAUCAUCCUUUAAGUAAAGAAAUUUCAACAUUAGAAAGCCAGUUUUUAAUAAUAAAGAAGUUUUAAAGGGAGCCCCUGGUGUUAAGACUUAAUAUAACGUAAAUUAUGUAUCUUUUUUUUUUUUUUUUUUUUUUUUUUUUUUUAGGUGAACUAACCCAUUAAAAUUGCAGUUUUAAUGGGUUUCAAUGUGGACAUUUUUGUCCAAAAGGUCCUGAGAGGAACUAUUUUGUGAUACUAGUGCAAAAUAUAUAUAUUUUUUUUAAAGGAAAUGGUGGUGAAAUAGUACAAUUCCAAUAAAAAUACACACCUGUGCUAAAAUUUAUGCAGUUGGCAAAAUGAUAAAAAACAAAACAACUGAAAAAUGUCUUUAAGGUCACACAAGGAUUAAAUAAAAACUGACCUGGUUUCUGAAUGCAUAUUACUAGGAACAAUUAUGUUUUUGUAACUUAAAAAAUAAUAAAAAAAUCGUUAAAUAAAUGGUGCAGUUUGUUGGUUUUCUUCUAGGGUUUCUAUGCUAUGCUUGUUUCUGUGUGGAGUUGUUAUAUUACUGCAGGUUAUUCAUCGUCACGUGUCCUUUAAGA